AUGCGCCCUGGUCUAUCUGCUACCCAGAUCGUAGGCGCAAGCCUAGUCGCGAACCAAUUCGCGAGCGCCUUAUCACCGCGCACGGAAAUUGACGAUUCUUAUGACUUUGUGAUUGUGGGAGGCGGUCAAGCUGGACUCGUGUUGGGCGCUCGUCUUUCGGAGGAUAAAAACCAUACCGUACUCGUUCUUGAGUCGGGUGGGGAUGGAGAUGAAUAUCGCAAGCGCAUAGAUACACCGGCAUACUCUUAUUUCGAUUCAUUAUGGACGACACCCUUGAAUUGGGAUUUUUACACUGUUGCGCAGCCCAAUGCAGACGACCGUGAGAUUAAUUGGCCUCGUGGCAAAGUUCUUGGAGGCAGUUCCGCCAUCAAUGGGCUGUACAUGACCCGUCCGGGUGAAGAUGAAAUCAAUGCCUGGAAAGAUAUGCUCGAAGAUAUGGACGGUGCCGAUAACUGGUCGUGGGACUCAUUCUACGCCGCCAUGAAGAAAAGCGAGACAUUCACACCUCCAACUGAUGAUGUGAUUGAUCAGGCUGGGAUCACCUGGAAUGCGAAAGAUCAUGGCACUGACGGGCCGAUCCAUGCGACAUACCCGGACUACACAUUCCCCGAAGUUGGUGACUGGUUAACGUCACUAGAGAGCAUUGGAAUUGACAUUUCUGAUAACAUGUACGGAGGUGAAACCUGGGGCGCUGACGUCGCGACCUCCUGCAUAAACCCUUCAAAUUGGACACGGUCCUACAGUCGUUCAGGUUACCUCGAUCCGCUUCCAGAGCGCGACAACUAUGAUGUAUUGGCGAAUGCGCAUGUGACUCGGCUUAUUUUCGAAGAUUCUACAUCUUCGGACAAGAAAACAGCGAGUGCUGUUGAAUACACAACCGAUAAAGGAUCAACGAAACUGAAGGUUAGGGUCAACAAAGAAGUCAUCCUAGCGAGUGGAACUAUCGGCAGCCCGGCUGUAUUGCUCUACAGCGGUGUCGGUCCGAAGGACGUCCUCUCCGAGGCCGGUGUUGACCUUGUAUUUGAACUUCCUGGUGUCGGCCAACACCUUCAAGACCAUUUUAGUGCCACCGUCAGAUGGAGCACGAAUGUGGACACAGCAGGUUCCAUCUUUUACGAUGGCGGCAAGGAUAAGAACGAUCCCAAAUUCCUCACAUAUAUCGAUUCCGCCGUUGCCUACGUGAAUUCUACCGCCAUAUACGGGAGUAAAGUCGAUGAGUACGAGUCGAAAUUCCUCGCCUCAAUCGACCAGUAUGCCCCGAACACGACUUACGACGAUGGCGUGGUCGCCGGCUACAAAGCAAUCUGCAACACGACAGCAUCGAAGAUCUUCAACGGCCCGACAGGUCAAAUCGAGCUGCUGUUCAUGAACAGCGAGGCAAACGGCGAUAUUGGCAUCACAGCCGCCCUCCAACAUCCAUUUAGUCACGGCCGUAUCUACAUUAACUCCUCGGACCCAAUGGACUUCCCUGUCAUCGACCCAAAUUAUCUGAACAACCCAGCCGAUUAUGAGAUUCUCCUCCAAGGUAUCAAACUCGCCCGCAAACUAGGUGAAACCAGCCCAAUGAGCAAAAGCCUGACAAAAGAAACAAUCCCGGGCUCCACCGUUCAGAGCGACGAAGACUGGGUAGAAUGGCUACGCAAGGAAGCGGGUACGGAGUUCCACCCGUCCUCGUCGUGCGCAAUGCUGCCCGAGAAGCAGGGCGGCGUAGUCGACGCCAAUCUACGCGUCUACGGCCUUACCAAUGUGCGUGUUGCAGAUGCCAGCAUCAUUCCCAUCUCCUUGUCCACACACUUGAUGUCCUCGACAUACGGUGUAGCUGAGCAAGCGAGCGAUAUCAUUCGCGCAUACUACAAGGCGGCGUCGGAGCCCAAGCCGGCUUUCAGUUCUUCCGGCUCGUCCAGUUCCACAGCUGCCAGCAGCGCAGUUGCCGUGAAGAAGAGUGGUAGUCCGAAGAGCAAUGGUAGUGCUGCUGGUAAUGGUGGCUCUGCUUUAUCGCUCGUGUGGACUUCUCUUGUUCUUGUUUCUGUACAUGCUGUUGUUGGUUAUGCUGUGUUUGUAUAG